CAUAUUCAACGGCUCAACAAGACAGAGAGAAAAAUAUUACGAGAGGAGAUAGAGAGUGAGAGAGACGAGCAAGUUGAAGGAGCAAAACUUGUAGGUGAGAGCUUGAAUCAGAACAUUUCAAAGGAGAGAGAUGGCAAGUAACCCUGAUUUUCUUUGGUGCAAAGAAGAGAGGAAGCAGGAAAGCUUCUUCAAAGUUCUUAAGCGUUCCGACAUGUCUUCAGAGGACACGCGAGCGAUUCCGUACGACUUUGUGAUAAACUUCUCUGACAAUGAGCUCUCCGGAGACAUGAAGUUCAGAGUGCAAUGGGGAAACUCUUGGAAAGUAAAAAUCUCCAAGAACCCGAGAUUCUACUUCAUGGAGAAGUCUGGAUGGGAGAAGUUCGUGAUAGACAAUGCCUUGGGAGACCACGAGUUUCUUACCUUCACUCACAAAGGACAGAUGAGCUUCACUGUGAAAAUCUUCAACAAAGAUGGCAAGGAGAUGAUGCAACCUCCGCAAUCCAGAGCCUCUUUCGCUUCUUCUAGUCGUGUCAAAACAGAACAAGAUGUCAAGAGGGAGGAAGAGGUGUUGGUGUCUUCUGACUCGAGGUCUCGUGGCCCGACAACAGCAGCUGAAACUAAUAGAGGAGGCAGCUACAAAAGGAAGCUCAACUUUGGGAAGAAGAAAGCUGAGGAAACCCAAACUUACAAGAGGACUGAGAGGACCCAAAAUUCCAAGAGGACGGAGAGAGUGGUUAGUAAGGAGAGAGUUUAUGCAGGCGAACCUUCCUCUUCUGUUGCAGGAUUCAAAAUCUUUAUCUCGAAAUCAUACAUCAAAUCCCUGGCGAUCCCGAAACCUUUUGGAAAUUAUAUGCCGAAGGAGAAAACAAGGGUCAAGAUCCAUCAUCCAGAUGGGGAGAAGACAUGGAAGGUUGUUUUUGUGGUAAAAGAGAGGGGUCAAAUUUUCUCUGGUGGAUGGAAACGUUUGUGCAAGGAGUAUCCUGUUGUUUUUGGGGACACUUGCAAAUUCACCCUCAUCACACCACUCGAGCUGCUUCUAGUUGUCUCAAAGCCAUAA